AUGUCUGGGGAGGAUGGAGUCCCAUUACGACGUACCAGUAGCAGAUUUGGUAGACCUAGUGGUGGUGGGGGCGGCGGCUCACCCUCGAAUACGUCAUCAUCGUCCUCUGGCUCUAAUAAUCCAUUCCUUCGAGCUGAGUCGGAGUUGAGGGACAUCCCUGUGGGCAUGCUCAACAAUGGAUAUUAUGAGAGAUUCUUUAAGGAAUCGCCACAACGGCUCGGCUCAGGAUCAUUCGGAACAGUGUAUCACUGCGAGCACGUCAUAGACGGGGUGAUGCUCGGCGACUAUGCCGUUAAGAAGGUCCCAGUAGGGGACAAUAGGAUCUGGCUUAGGAAGAUGGUUCGAGAGGUGAAGACUCUUGAGAGGAUUGCGGCUCAUCCCAACAUAGUGUCGUAUAAGCACAGCUGGUCUCCUGGAGGCCAACCAUUCCCCACAGUAGAGGCAAUACGACGAAGGCGUCGUAGUUUACUCAAGUUGGAAAGUGGCCAGAGUCAGCAGCAAGAAGAUGAUGCCCCCUCAGCAGCAGCAGCAGUACCUGGGGAAUACAGCGAUCCGCGGAGAUUAUCCGAUGGACAAAUAUGGCAGUGGUUCGUCGACAUAGCUAGAGGCCUGCAGCAUCUACAUCACUUAGGAGUUCUUCAUCGUGAUAUAAAGCCCACGAAUAUCCUGCUCACAUCUGAUCCGGAUCGUAUGGCGCGUAUGGACGGUUCUCACUAUGUUCUGGGCAGCGGCCAGAAAGGACUAAGAGCGAUGGUCAGCGACUUUGGCACUGCUGAGCUCGCCGCUGGAGGGACGUCUGAGUCUCAUACUGGCUUUACUGGCACGGUGGAAUUCACAGCUCCAGAGGUGCUUCGUGCGGCGUUCCUGAAUCCUGAUAAAGUUGUCUACGACGAGAGAUGCGAUAUGUGGUCAUUGGGAAUAGUGCUUUAUGCAAUGUGCUAUAACCAGGUACCCAUGUAUGAUAGCGACCCUCAGAAGUGUGCAGCCAUAAUAAGGGAUUGUCAUACGGCUCUAACAGGCCCACGGAACCACGCAUCUAGAGGAGACCUGCCGAUGAUGAUACAGGCCUUGACUCAGCCCGACCCACGGCGUAGACCUAACUGUGACGAUGUGCUUGGGCAACCUCUGGUGAAGGCCUUGGCUGAGCAAGUGGCCCAUCUAGCGUUUAACUGA